AUCGUCACGCUUUCCGUCUCUUUAGUUGCCGCAGCUACAAGGCGAGGAGGCAGAAGCUAUCAUCCAUCUGUAUUUUUUUUAUAUUGCUGAAAAAUAACAAUGGCCCUGGAAUCGCGGGUCACGCAGGAGGAAAUAAAGAAGGAACCGGAGAAGCCCAUCGACCGGGAAAAGACUUGCCCCCUUCUGCUGCGAGUAUUCACCACCAACAGUGGCCGACAUCACAGAAUAGACGAAUUUGCUCGGGGGAAUGUUCCCUCCAGCGAACUGCAAAUAUACACAUGGAUGGAUGCUACCCUGAAGGAGCUAACCAGCUUGGUGAAGGAAGUGUAUCCAGAGGCCAGGAAAAAGGGGACGCACUUCAGCUUUGCCAUAGUCUACCCUGAUCCCAGAGGAAAGAUGUACAAGUUGAAGGACAUCGGCAGCACUGUGUCCGGCAGGAAGGGCGCGGACGACUCCAUGACGUUGCAGUCGCAGCGCUUCCAGAUCGGGGACUACCUGGACAUAGCCAUCACGCCACCCAACAGAGCCCCACCCCUCGGCACACGCAUGAGGCCUUUCUGAACACGCUCACACACACAUACACACACACACACACACACGACGUGCACACACGAGCCUCCACGUCUCUCUGUUCAAGUGUUUUCUUUUACGUCAUUUUGGAUGGUUUUGCCUCGUUUUAUAAAACUUGAUGUGUAAUAAAGUUGUCGUUUUUCUCAA